AUGAUCCAACAUCCUGACAGCAAUCACAUUGACCCACUAAGGAUAAGGUUGAAAGAAGAGCAUGCCCACUGUUGCCACGUGGAGGCUGAGCCAGAUGGAAAGCCAUGGAACAAUGACAUCAAGAUGUACUUGGAAAGACGGGAGUAUCCCGAAGCUUAUCAGCAACAAAUGAAUGGAGUCGUAGAAGCAGCAAACAAGAAUAUCAAGAGGAUAUUGAGGAAAAUGAUCGAUAAUUACAAAGGUUGUCACGAGCAGUUGCCUUAUGCUUUAUUGGGAUACCGUACUACAGCUAGAACUUCAACAGGAGCAACAACAUACCUGCUAGUCUACGUUACUAAAGUAGGCAUACCUGCCGAAGUUGAGAUACCUUCUUUGAGAAUCAUUCAAGAAGCUGAGCUGGAUAAUGUUGAAUGGGUCCUAGCACGAUACGAACAGUUGGCCUUAAUCUACGAGAAAAUGAUUGUUUCCGUAUGCCACGGUCAAUUAUACUGCCAAAGGAUGGAAAGAUCCUUCAAUAAACGAGUCAGGGCUCGACAUUUCCAGAUCGAGCAAAUGGUGCUCAAGAGGAUUGUCCCACACCAAGAUGAAUACAAAGGGAAGUUCGCUCCCAACUGCAAAGGUCCUUACGUGGUCCGCAAAGUACUCUCCGAAAGAGCGGUAGUACUAGCGGAAAUGGAUGGACAAGAGUGGCCGAAACCGAUAAACUCAGAUGAACUCAAGCGCUACUAUGCAUGA